AUGAGUUCGCCAGUAUCCAUUCGACAACCAGGCGAUCGUGAGUCAACCCACGAAAAUUAUGCGUCGAUUGUCAGCGAUGCCGCAGGCACAUUGGCAUACCUGUAUAAAAAAGAUACCCCGCCACAGGCAUCCGUGGCACAAGAGAUUACCGAUGCCAUCCACGAGCUGCGCAUAAUCGGCCCCAAGCUGCGAGACGUCGGUCGACUCGUUACCGUCGCUGACCGCGGUCGACCCGCCAUCAAUGUCGCUGUCAAUGAGGCUGAUGCUGUACUACCCGCCUUGAAACCUAUCAUCAAUGCUAUCUUCGAUGCGGCAGGUGACACAUACAAGGAUAGUUUCGAGGCGGUCUGUCGGCAGCUCGACGCGCGAGUUCGCAGGGAAAACGACCAGGCACUUGUCCCUUGCCUAAUCUUCUUUAGAGGCUACCUCCAGCAUUUGGAGCUGGUGCUGACCGGUGCACGCCCUGAAGUGUCCCUGAUCUUUACGAAAAGACUAGAGGACUUGUUGCAAGCACAAAAGUAUAAUAUCAAGCAGUCUCCUCGACAACCGACUACGGCUGCACAAGCUUCAGGAUCGUCUCGACCGGAGCCAGGACCAGCUCAACUCUCGGGUCUGGAUACAACGCAAGGUUCGCCUCGCGUGUCAAAUCGGCAAGGUUCACCAUUGUCAGCGAAAUCUCCAGCUUCCCCUACCAGCUCGUUUCGCCGCGUAUCAUCGCCUCAGCGACCGAGCCUUGGUUCUCCCGUUCGCUUUCCCACGGUGACUAGCCCUACGAGACCGACGCCUCCUCAGCCUGCGUCUCCAGUUAUGCCGUCGUACGCUAGGGAGCGCACGUCUACGAAUCCGACGCCGACGAUUGCAAUCUCCGCACCAGCGGAGGAAAGCUCCGACGAUGGGCAUUGGGCUUGGAAAUUCUUGGUCGAUCAAGAAACACUCAGUCGAUCGAGCACUCCAUACCCAGCAAGCUUCAAGUCUACAAAGGAAACGAGACUUGCAGGCCAACCUGUGCAGGGUGCGCUCCGCCAGCUCGAAGAGGAGAUGCAUGAGCAUGUGAACCAGAUAUACUUUGACAGAGAAGGACGAUUUCGAGUUAGAUUCUAUUGGCGUCCAGAGGAUAAUCAGGCCCACAUGCUGAUAACCCAUACUGAUGAGAUUGGCCGAAUCACCGAGGCCGUGACUCCGCUCUUACGAUUGAAAAUCAUGCGGGAGGAUUCCUGCCUACUGCUAAUCAGGAGAGAGCCAGACGCCGAUUCAAAACUCCUUCACAUUUUGUGGGCGCGAUUAAAUUUCAAUUUCCAUGAACGCAUGGUAUUGUUUUAUUCUACGUUCGUGGCUAUGAAGCAUCAAGACCCCCGAGAAGUGAACCCAGACUACAUUGACGAUAGCUUUGGUCUGCAGAAAACCUCGCCCGACGGUGAAGUGCUUGAAUUCAAGGCCGAUCUGAUUUACGACAAUAUGCCACUGGAAUUCCGAGUCUGGAGGGAUGUGCCUUCUCACACCGUUCGUUACGAGCUCACGCGACCGCACCAAUCUAUACCACUUUGGACUGCAUUCGUGACUCGCUAUCUGAACGAUCCGGACUGGAUGGGCCGGGAAAAUACCACAGAAGUUCAUUUAGAUGCCCUGAAGCCACCGCCUUAUGUUUUUGGCGAAUUCGAAUUCUUGCGCACUAAAAGCAAUGGCUACGUUAUACCGUUCACGAACGAGACAGAUGCCAAAAAGUUUUGCAGCGAAUGGGUCAGGCUUUGCCGGUUGAAGCGACCAACCUCAUGA